AUUGAGCUUAAAUUGGAAUUUGAGGGGUUAUUGAUUUGGGGAAAAAUGUCUCCUGAGGUGGUUUAUAGUCCUGUUAUGGAGGAUGAUAGUAUGGAAUAUGGCUUUGCCAUGGAGUAUGAUGGCCCUCCUGUGAAUUUUGAUAUUCCUCGGGCGGUUCCGAUUAAUGUUGAGAGCAUACCCCUUGCUUCUGUUGUUACUCAAAUCCCCUUUCCAGAGAAGAUUACAUUACCCAUUAUUCAGCCUGUGCUUGGUCCUGAUGCUCUGAACAAGAAGUUUUCUAGAGAGCUAAACAAAGUAGGGUCUGCUAGGAAUGUGUCUCCGACGUCAGUGAUAGAUUUUGAUAGGCUUACAAGUGUUUGUGAGCAUGAGAGAGAUAUUGAAUUAGCUUUAGAAGAGACCCUUUCUCCAGCUUCAGUUGCCGUGUUUGAAGAAAGAGUGAAAAGUGGUCAGGAUUGUAUGGGGAUGGGUGAUAUAUGUAGCUCAGGGACAUUAGAGGAUUUGAAUUGUCGUGGUGAAUUUGGGGAUUGGUCAGGUUUGAUAAAUAGCUCAGCAGAGCUGGCUUCUUCUUCGAUUAGCCAUGAACAUUCGCGUGAUUUGGUGGCUAGAGGUGGAAGUUCAUGUCCAUCAGAAUAUUGUGAAAGCUUUGAGAAAUUGCGAGAACUCUCAGCAGUUUCAGAGGCCUCCAUGGCUUCUGGUCCUUCGCAAGAUGAUCUAGAUCUUGAUGAUUUGAAUGGUCGUGAAUGGAGUUCGAUAAAGUCAGGCUUGAGCAUGGAGUAUUUGUCUUCCCCAGUUUCCUCUUUUAGGACUGGAGAGUGCAAAAGCAUGCCUCAUAGUGAUAUUAAAAGGCCCGUUGUGAAUUUUCGUGACAUUGACUCAUAUGCUGAUGCUGACGAGGACUUGACUUAUCGUGAGACUGAGAGACUCAGACCAAAAAAGGAAGUUCUGUUCAGAUCCAAGAAGGGUGCCUGCUAUCGUUGUCUUAAAGGAAAUCGCUUCACUGAAAAGGAUGCUUGCAUUGUUUGCAACGCAAAGUAUUGUAGCAAUUGUAUUCUCAAGGCCAUGGGAUCGAUGCCAGAAGGAAGGAAAUGUGUUGCAUGCAUUGGAUAUCCCAUUGAUGAGUUCAAGCGAGAGAACUUGGGAAAAUGCUCGAAGAUACUCAAGAGACUGCUAAAUGAUUUGGAGAUUCGACAGAUAAUGAAGGCUGAGAAGCUUUGUGACGUCAAUCAGUUGCCACCAGAGUACAUCUGUGUAAAUGGGAAGCCUCUAUGUCAUGAAGAGCUGCUGUUGUUACAGACCUGUUUGAACCCACCUAAGAACAUUAAACCUGGAAACUAUUGGUAUGACAAAGUAUCUGGUCUUUGGGGAAAGGAAGGAGAAAAGCCUUUGCAGAUUAUUAGUGCCCAUCUGAAUGUUGGGGACCCCAUUAAACCGGAUGCUAGUAAUGGGAAUACCCAAGUUUUUAUAAAUGGUCGAGAGAUCACGAAAGCGGAGCUGCGGAUGUUGCAGUUGGCAGGAGUCCAGUGUGCUGGUAAUCCACAUUUUUGGGUGAAUGAUGAUGGUUCAUACCAAGAAGAGGGACAAAAGAAAACAAAAGGCUACAUCUGGGGCAAGGCGGGAAUGAAACUGGUCUGCGCUUUCCUGUCACUGCCUGUCCCCUCAAAAUCCAAGAACCUUUGUGCAGAAGAAGUGAGACAUGUUGUUGAAAAAACAAAUUCUGAUUACCUGGAGAGAACACUUCAGAAGCUUCUUUUGAUAGGAUAUAGUGGUGCAGGGACAAGUACAUUAUUUAAGCAGGCCAAAAUUCUUUAUAAAACCUCACCAUUUUCUGAGGAUGAAAGAGAGAAAAUCAAGUUGAUGAUCCAGGGUAAUGUGUACGGUUACCUUGGGAUACUCCUAGAGGGCAGGGAACGUUUUGAAGAAGAAAGUUUGAUGAACCUGACUGAUCAGCCUUCUGAUCCAGCUUGCCAGCAAGAGAGAAGCGCUCAAGGGAUUGAUGAGAUGACUAUCUAUUCCAUCUCUCCGAGGUUGAAAGAAUUUUCUGAUUGGCUUCUUAAGGCAAUGGCAUCUGGUAACUUGGAAGCAAUUUUUCCAGCCGCAACUCGUGAAUAUGCACCAUUGGUUGAAGAAUUGUGGAAUACUGCCGCUAUUCGAGCCACAUAUAAUCGAAGAAGUGAAAUUGAAAUGCUACCUACUGUAUCCAGUUAUUUCUUAGAGCAAGCUGUUUAUAUUCUGCAACCAGAUUACGAGCCAUCAGAUCUGGAUAUCCUAUAUGCCGAAGGAGUGACCUCACAAAAUGGCCUAGCUUGUAUGGAGUUCUCAUUUCCGCAAUCAGCUGAUGACGACCCUGAUACUACUGACCAACAUGGUUCUUUGCCUAGGUACCAGCUUAUCAGAGUACAAGCAAGAGGGUUUGCAGAGAACUGUAAAUGGAUAGAGAUGUUGGAAGAUGUUAGGCUUGUGAUAUUCUGUGUAGCACUGACUGACUAUGACCAGUUCUCAUAUGAUAGUGAAGGAUCUCUCGUGAACAAUAUGUUGCUGAGCAAAAAACUCUUUGAAAGCAUUGUAACCCAUCCAACUUUUGAGCCAAUGGACUUCCUUUUGAUUCUAAACAAAUUUGAUCUCUUUGAGGAAAAAAUGGAACAUAUCCCACUUUCUGAAUGCGAGUGGUUUGAAGAUUUCCGACCCCUUAUAAGCCAAUACAGCAAGAACAACAGCAACAGCAGGAGCAAGAGUAUCAACCACAAUCCUUCACUUGGCCAGUUGGGUUUUCAUUAUAUUGCCGUCAAAUUCAAGAAACUUUACUUUGAUUUAACUGGACGGAAGUUAUUCGUGUCAUCGGUGAAGGGCCUUGAGCCUGACAGUGUUGAUGCCGCCUUGAAAUAUGGGAGAGAAAUUGUUAAGUGGGAGGAGGAAAGAUUUAAUUUUAGCUUGAGCGACUAUGCAUUAUUCAGUACAGAGGCCAGUUUUUCAUCUCAGUAGUAGUUCCUAGUUGGAAAAAGAAAUUGUUGUAAAAAAGUUUAUAUUCUUAAUUCCCAUAGUGUUCAGUUGUAUAUAUUUGCGGCGUGCAAAUUACAUAGUAGAAUUGAAUAGGCUGUAUGAAGAGACAAUGUUCAUAAUUUUUACUACUAAUAUCUGUAUAAUUUUAACACAACAAACCAGCGGGAAUUCUUGUGCUACUUAUUUGGUUCAAUCGAUUGAAGAAUUGUCUUUUUGUCA